AGAGGAAACCUAACCCUGAUCAAGAUACUUCCCCCUUCUGUUUUCUAGGAUCCAAAUCUAAGAAGAAGUCUGCUUAGCCACCCAGCAUCUUCUUUACAUUUUUCUGUUAGUGAUCAACAUUAAUCUGAACUGUCCAGCUUCAGACCAUGGACACAGCUGCAGUGGUGACUCUUCUGGCUCUGGUUAUGGCGACGGCUGGUGUCAGUCAUGCGCUUCUUGUCCAAGGGGGUCUGGACAAAAAUGACAUCCUUCCAGGCAGCUCAGAGGAGAACAUGGCUGAACACAUGCUGGGGCUGGAUGGUGAAAACAGAGAAAACAUUGAUAAUCAUCUGUUGGGCUCAGUGUUGAGAGCUCUGUUGCUCGGAUUUCAGAGAGAAACCAGGGAAUCUGUUCUCCAUCAGCCACAAAGGUUUGGCCGUAGUUCCAGAGGGCAGGUUGUGUCGGAGGAUCAGAUUCAUUCCCGGGACUGGGAGGCUGCCCCUGGUCAGAUCUGGAGUAUGGCUGUGCCCCAGAGAUUUGGCAAGAAAUAGCUUGGCAGACAGACGCUCAUAUCAUUGUCUGGUACAAGACCAACCAACGGGCAGAGGUGUAGAGACUAAAUUAAAAUGAAUAAAUCUGUAAUGUAUUAGCUUACUCACAUUCUGUGUAACUCUGCUCCUGGCCAUUAGGCCUUGCUUGACACCUGGGUUUCAGCUGAAGAUGAUUCCAGCUUCUUUAAACAUUUUUUUCCUGAAAUUUAAAAGACUAUAAAACAUGUUAACUGGUGCCUAUGAGGUGUUUUAAGCACACCUAAUUUGUCCUGACUGACAUUUGAUCAAAGCUAAAA